AUGUCGGCAGCAGGUUCUGCGGUCGCCAUGAUCGGGGCGAAUCUCCGCUUCGGCUCCGCCGGCGCCAGCAACUCGUCCAUACUGAACAACACUCGGCAUUGUCCGCCAGGAGGCGCCGCCAGCGCCGCCGCCCUGCUAGCACUGUCCGGACUGGGCAUGUCCGCCAACUUGGCCCUCAUGACGGUCAUACUGAGCAAGAAGCAGCUAAGAAGGUGGUCUCACGGGCUGCUGUUCCAUCAGGCAGUGGUGGACUGCGCCCGCGCAGCCAUACUACUGCCGUUGGGUAUCGCAGUGUUCCGCUGCCAGCCGGUGUACAAAUGUUCCUUGGUGGAGACCGCUUUCCUUUUACUAGUAACAGUGUCGACAGUGAACAUGCUCACGACAGUACUGAACGACAGUCCUAUAUUCCCGGAAAAUGAGGAGGAACAAGCUGAUUUAUCUGCCCCGUUACUGAUGGAUAGCCCGCAGUGUGUCCUAUUCGGUACAUUUAUGAUAUGGUUCGCAUCGAUCACGAUCAACCUUGGACCUACAUUCCUGUCCGGGGCUUUAGCGGCCAGUGCCGGCUCCUAUGGGUCUUAUGGGCCUUCUCCAUCAUGUCCCCUCGUCAGGGGACCAUUCAGACAUUACGUCCUCAACGCUUUAUGGAUCGGCGUCAAUGCGGUAUGCGUCGGUCUCACGUUAUUCCAUUUGAAGAAACUUCACCGAGAUUUGACCAAGGCUAACGUAGAAGCAGUUCGAGUAGCAGGUUUAGUGACAACCCUUGUGAGCAUGGCAGGUGACAACAGGCGAAUGGACUCUCUGCCCAACAGCGUUGGACCCAGGACUGUAGAUGGCGCAUUAUCAGAUGGCCAUAGUCGUCCAAGUGGUAGCGGUAACUUGCCGCUCGGAGGCGGUCGCCGGCUGCGAGGAUAUUUGGCCAGAGUGGAACGAGAGGGAGUCAGGAGGGUCAGGAUGUUCCUGGUCAUCACAGCAGCCUAUGUUCUCUUUUGGGGACCAUUAUUUAUUAUAACAUUGCUACAUCACCCAGCUCUGACGUCGCAUAUAGCUUAUGAGAUGUACUUCCAAAUCACUCUUCAUAUCUCAUACGUCCACGCCGCGGUGAAUCCACUGCUGUUCAUGGCGUUACACCGCGCGUUACGGCGGGCAGCUCUGCAACUGUGCUGCGGGUGUUGUGUGCAUUGGAGCCAAUUUGUUUUGGCAUUGACGGCGGCUGCUCAGUCGCCUCUAGCGCCGUCGUCAUUCUCACCAGCAGCCGCAUCUCCAGAGCCCCCUCCGGCACCACCGCCGCCCAUGGCCCCACCGGCCCCUUCGGUCCCAGCCCCGCCUGGCCCACCAACGCCUCACACGAUGAUGAGUUGGGAAGUUGAGGACUGUGAUGCUGAGAGUAUGUCGAGUGCGCGUGUGCAGGGAGACGAGGAUUUGAUGGCCGAGUCGUGGGGCAGCGGCGUGCGCCGGCCACCGAGGUCGCCAAGCCCGCUCCUGCCCGUCAUCUGA